CCGCACCAGGAGCCCCGUGUUCUUCCGCCUCCACAGCACCACACACGGCCAGUAAUCAGCCACCAAGUGCACCAUCCACUGCAGUACAACAGCCUCCACGACAUCAGCCACAGCAGCAGUCCAGUGGCUCUUCCCAAACAACACUUGCCCCCAUCCCCUCACCACCACCUCAGCGGGCUCCCGUCCUCGGCCCCCGCCUUGCCUCUGUCCAUAGCCAAUCUCUCUACCUCGCAUUAUUCCUCCCUACGGAGCCCGGCCCAUCGCCAUCCGGCCAUGUUUGCAACCCCAGCCACACUGCCUCCACCACCAACCUUACCAACCAACAGUUUAGUGGUGCCUGGGCACCCCGCCGGCACCCCCUACCCAGAUACCAGCCUGUUGAUAUCAUUCAACCAACCAAUCAUGUAUUGCCAGCCUCAUUCGGGGAUUCUGAUUGGCACAUUGUCACAGGCAACUCUCUUACCACCACCAAUGAGUCCCCACGUAGAAAACCCUCACAGCAUGAGCUGGAGAAACAGAGAAUGCCAGUUCGACAAAUACACCCCCAAACUGGACAAUCCAUUCAUCCGACAUUCAAACUUCUUCCCCUCCUAUCCCCCCACCAUGCCAGGCAUGCCCCCGCUGCUCCCACACUCAGGACCCUUCAGCUCGCUGCAAGGAGCCUUCCAGCCCAAGGCUUCUAAUCCCAUUGACGUAGCAGCACGUCCUGGAGCAGUACCUCACACACUCCUACAGAAGGACCCACGGAUAACAGAUCCAUUCAGGACAUCUGUCAGGAAACCUGGCAAGUGGUGUGCAGUGCAUGUCCAGAUCGCAUGGCAGAUCUACCACCACCAGCAGAAAAUGAAGCAAAUGCAGCUGGAUCCUCACAAACUAGACAUGAAUGGGAAGCUGGACCUGUUCAGUCGACCCCCAGCUCCAGGAGUCUUCCCAGGGUUCCCGUACCCUCAUGACCUGGCACGACCUCUUUUCUCUUCCACAGGCUCCAGCCACCCAGCUCCCUCCCCUUACGGCCCUGCCCCACACCCCAGUGGCUUCCUGCCUCCUAGCCAUUUGGCAGGUAAGUAUCCUUUCAGUCGCUCCAGUUCCUUUGGCGGCCUCGGCAACCUUUCAAGCAGUGCCUUCGGAGGAUUAGGCAACCCCUCGCUUGGGUCCAACAGUGUGUUUGGCACCAAGGAGGGGCCAGGAGGACUGCCCACGUUUGGCAGCCCCCACCACGACACCUGGAACAGACUUCGACGCACUCCACCGUCUUUCCCCACCCCGCCACAGUGGCCCAAAACCACAGACGCUGAGAGAAGCAGCUCAGCCAACAGCCACGAGAGAGAGCGAGAGAGGGAACGGGAAAGAGAGAGAGAAAGGGAGAGGGAAAGAGAGAAAAGAGACUCGUCCAUCGGGAAGGAAGAGAAGGAUAAAGACAGGGAUUCUGUGGAUCGCAACCGACACUCCAACCGUUCAUCUCCAGCCUCCGCACCAGUCAGCUAUCAGAUCAGUAGCUUAAUUCGCUCAAACAGCCAGAACUCCAGUGAUUCGGGUCGGCAUCACAGUGGCAGCGUAGACCGGGUUCGUGAGGCAGAGAAGGAGCUGCUGGAGCGCCACAGAGAGUCUUCCACACUGGCUGACGUGAAGGUGAAGGAGAGCCGCUCGCCUGGCAAGGAGAUGCUAGAGAGGAGACCCUCAGAAGACUCCAUCAAACCCACUCAGCGUUCUCCCUCUCCGUACUCCAAGGCAGUGAUCAAUGAGCAGGGCAUGAAGAUGGCAGGUGGGCCCCCGCCUACACUCAAGGACAGCGAAAGGAAAGAGCCCCCACCUGCAGACCUCCUCCACAAGGUGAAAAAUGACAUGAAGAUUAAGGAGGAGAGGAAGGAGGAGCAGGAGGUCAUGGUGGUGAGUUCAGAGCCCGCCCCCCAGCCACCAGCCCAAGCUCUUCCUGCUCCCAUCGGUCAACCUGGAAACCCGCACCAUCACCACCCACCUUUGUCUCAGCAGCCCCCUCUUCCCUCACCGCGUGGCAGUGACAUCCCAGGACCUGGCCUGCAUGGUGUCCCCAUGGCACACUCUCUGCCCCUCUCCAUGAGUGCCAUGCCCCAGAUGGGCAGCCUCAAUGUGCUGGACCGGGCUCGUAUGGCUCCCUUCAUGGGAGUGAGCCCUCUGGCAGGAAGAGAGCGCUUGCCUCACCCGGCCUUCCCUUGGGACCCACUUAGAGAGGCCUACCGCAGCCUGGACCUGCAGCGGCGCAUGGACUUCCAGCUCAGGGCCGAGCAAGGACAUCGUUUCCCCAGUGUGUACGAACAGGAGCGAGCUUACCGCGAGAGGGAGGCUCAUGACUACUCUCACCACGAGCACCUGUUGGAGGUGCGCAGGGAGCACGAGAGGAUGAGACAACAGGCAGAGGAGCGAGAGCGCCUCCACCUGCGAGAGGAGCUGGACAGAGCACGCCUCCAUCAGCUACACCAGUCCCCCAUGGAGGGCCAUCUACCCCACAUGCCCCCCUUUAUGCCCCACCUCGGCGGCAUGCCGUACCCUAGACUCAGCCCCUCCACAGGACACAACGGCCCUCUGAACAGAACACCCCCUACUGCAGCACUCAGUGCACCCCCACCCCUUGUGCCAGCCGGCAGUGCCAGGCCAGCCUCACCCAGGAGGACUACCCCCCUCACCACCACACAGGACCCACGGGACUACUCACCAUCUCGCAACCCAAAAGAGGUAGAGGCUCGGUAGCUUCUGAAAAAAGUGCACCAAGUCUCACGAGACGCACUCACAAGCCCCCCCCCCCCCAAUCUGAAAUCCUCUUGUGAACAAAAUGCACUGCUCUUCACCAGAGAAGAGCAAAACUCCCUAAGGGAAAGGGUAUGAUUGUACAAAGUACAGGUGUGUAAGGCUGAUUAAGCACAUGCCAUGACUUUACUUUUAGUGGACUGGAGGUUGAAUAAUGUCGGUAAAAAGAACACAAAUAUGUGUAUGUUUAUAUCCGACUUAAAUAUUUGAUAAUUAUUAAUAUAUUAAUCCAAUACCUUUUUUCAGCUUUGUGCAAAAAGAGAGGUCCUGAAAUGAGUUUGUACAUUUCCUAUCCUUGUUCCAUGUAUAGAUAUCAUUUCUAUGAAUUUUAUGUAUUUUGUGCAUUAGUCACACCUUUUACAAUAUUUAUCCCAGUUGAUUGUGAGACAUAUCCAUUAUGACCCACUGUAAAGACUGGAUUUUGGUUUCAACCUUCAGUAAUUUAACCUCAUGGUACCAGGAUAUCCUCAAUGAUGACAAUGUACAAUUGUUACAUUACCGAUUUGUUUUGUUCAUUUGUUUUGCCUUUGAGAUAUGCAGAUAAAUAUAUAUUAUGAGGUCUUUGUUCAGUCUCUGUAAAGAAAACUGAUGUAAAUAACUUGUUGAUAUUCCUUCGCUGCAAAAUUACCAUGUAAAUUUAUUAGGCUUUUUAACCAUUUCUAGAAAAACAAAAUUAAAUGAAACAUGGGGAAUCACUUCCCUGUUAAAUAUCAUGGUAACAGACAAGCCUGGCCAAUGGAUGGGAAGUGUGACAGGAGGGUGUUGUAAGAGGGCCUCCAAGGAUCAUCUGCAAUCUAUGCAAAGCAGCACACAUCACCCUAAUGAAGAGAUCACCUGGAGGGAGCAGACGAUACUGGUGAUACUGAGAGAAACUUGGAUUAACACAUGUUUAUAUUUACCAAUGAAAUAAUGAUGAAUUAUUGAAAGACUUCCAAGUCACAAACUGGACCAGCCCCAGACAGAAAAGAAGGACACUUUUUAGUGGGUGGCAAAAGGACUUUCUCUGUCAACCUUGUGGUGUUGUGCAGUUGUUUUUCUUAGACUCUUGUAUACAAAACAAGUAGAGUUUUAGGCCUGCAAAAAAAUGAAAAUGAACAUUCAUGGUUUAAAAUGUACGGAAUAA